AUGGGCAGCGGCGGCGGCGGUGAAAGUUGUGGAGAAAGUUUCUGUGUGCGGCCUUUCUUUGCGUCUCCUCCUCGCCAACCACGGCGCAUGAGAGUGAUAAAUUGUCUCGCAACAAUUAUUCUUCCAUUCCCCGCCAUCAAUCCCACCCCAUCUCGAGUGGGUGGCACAGUUUUGUGGGUGUGUGGCGUGUCAUACAAGGUGGUUCAGGUGAAUGGGCAGCGAAUCAUUGGGCCACCCGAGAUGCUGAAGACGCUGGAGCCGCAAGAGCGUCUUGAGGUCUUCAUCUCCAACAUUCCACCCCAAGUGACAGAGUGUGAAAUAAUGCCGAUGCUGAGCGUGUUCGGCUGUGUCUUCCAGCUGCGCCUCAUGAUGAAAAUCACGGGUGGAAAUCGGGGCUUCUGCUACGUCAUGUACACUCAUGAGGCUCACGCCAGGAGUGCCAUCAAGAAACUCAACGCCGUCGUGUUUCACGGACACACGCUGAGGGCUUCCGUGAGCAGGAACUUGAGACAGCUGAUCCUGGGCGGCAUGAAUCCCAGCCUUCCGGACGUCGCCAUUCUCCAAGAGCUUCAGCAGCACAUCCAACCGAAGCAUGUGCAUUUCUUCAUGAAACCCUGCGGAAAGUGCGUCAUUUUGGAGUUUGCUUGCCAUCGUGAUGCUGCUUUGGCAAAGCGAAAUUUUGGUUAUCAAGCAAGACGACUUGGAAGUAAUGUUUUCUUCAAGUGGCACAACAAGUGA